AUGGAAUAUGCAGGAAACGACACCACCUGGAAAACGGAUGGCUGUAACACCACUCAGAUCAGUGAUGAUGUUGUGGAGUGCUCCUGUAAUCACAUGACUGCUUUUGCUGUGCUUCUAAUUGAGGUGAACAAUAUUGAUGAACGCCAGUGGGAAAUCUUGUCCUACAUCAGCUACAUAGGCUGCAGUCUGUCUGCGAUCUUUUCUGCUUUCUGUGUCUUGUCGUUCAUUUUCAACAGGAACGCAAGGGCAGAAGUGUCCAGCAGCAUCCAUGUGUCUCUGAGUGGCGCUCUGUUUCUCCUCAACAUCAGCUUCAUGCUCAGCGAAUGGGGUGCCACACUGGGAAAGGAAGAAUUCUGUGUGUUUAUCGCUGUGAUGAUACACUACAGCCUGCUGUCUUGUUUCACAUGGAUGGCUGUUGAAGCCUUGCACCUGUACCUUCUUCUCAUCAGAGUGUUCAACAUUUACAUCAAGAACUACAUGACCAAGUUGUCCCUGAUUGGAUGGGGAAUCCCUGCAGCUGUUGUUGGAAGUUUGCUGACAAUUCAAAUCACUCAUCCUCUUUAUGGCACCAGAAAUGUGACAUUAUCAAAUUCGAAUGCAACAAAUGCAGUUUGCUGGAUCAAAGAGCCUCUCGUCCUGUAUGGCGUGAACCUUUCCUACUUCACCGUCAUAUUCCUGUUCAACUUAUUGGUUCUUCUCAAAGUGUCCAGACAGAUCUUUAAGCUAAAGCAAGUGGAGAAAAAGAAGCAUAAAAUACCAGUGAAGGACGCGGGAACAGUGCUGGGCCUCAUGUGUCUGCUGGGAACAACAUGGGGUUUGGUGUUUCUUGGCUCUGGAUAUACCAACUACAUUGUACUCUACCUGUUCUGCAUUUCAAAUACAAUGCAAGGGGCUUCUAUCUUUCUGUGGAUGUGUCUGACAAUGAGGCCAGACAAACAGAAAGCAGCUCUUACCAAGUCUUUAUCCACUGUGGACACCUUCACCAUUGAGAAACAGAAGGAAUAGCCCAUGCCUAACAUUUACCAGAUUGCCAUCCUACAACCA